ACAUUUUGAACAUUUGCAAAUCGAUGGGUGUACACCGCACACGAGUUAAAUUUGCAGCAGUAUCAAGAGGAACCGGGUGAUACCUCCGUGUUGCUGCAGAAAAUUCUAAGAUUUUUGUGUUAAAUAAUACUGAUACACGGUCUUGUGAAACCAGAUUAAAGAAAGACUUGAAUUCGGCACAUCAGAAGCAUGACUGCAUGAGAAAAUUAGAGGAUAUAACUAAUAGUUUUAUACGCCCUUCUAAAUUGUAUCUAAAUAUUUAGAUACCUUUACCUUGCAUUUGAACUACAUUAGAAAGGUUAGUCAAUGGUGCUUUUGUAAAUAAUAGAACCUGCAAUUACAUCAACAAUACCAGGACCUUAAUUCUAGCAUGAUGCAACUGAAUUGAUGCAUUAAGAAGAGUAUCGAACACAUAGUGCCCAGGAAUGGAAUUAUGGAUCUUGGACUGAAAUUUUUGGUCUGCAGAUAUGCCCACCUACCAUGGUAUUUGUGGCGAUAAAUAAAAUGAUGGGAGUAGGGACAGAAUCACUAAUAUGUAGCUAUAUAGGCAUGAAAUAGUGCAACACUUGGAGCACCUGUAUAUUGGGCCUUACUACUAGAGAAGGCUUGGGGUGGAUGCCUCUGGAUCAUGGUAGCUGCAACCAGUUGGUGCCUUGACUGCUCAUCUGCAGCUUUCGGAGGGGGGUAUAUUAAUGUAUCAAUUGACUGUUCAGCUCCCUUGACACUGCGUUGAUGACAUGGGAUGGUGAGAGAAGGAGUUAGAAUUUGUGGUAGUGGGAAAUGACUUGUUUAGUGGACGAUGAAAUUGUUUGAGCAAAGAGGGUUGAAUAAAGGGACAUGGUGGGAAACUGCGUCAAGGGCAUUAGUGGCAUUCCUGUUACAAUAGGAAUUAAUUAACGCAAUCAAUAACUGUAAAACGGAUGGAUGAUAGAAAUCAAGCCAAAUGAAUAAAUCAGAUGGCCUAAACUUCUUGGGCAGCAUGGCUCAUUCUGAUGGCAGCCUUAUAGCAAUAAAAGAUUGCUGGUGGUCUCCAACUAUCCAUCUAUAUAGGUAUAUAAGAUGAACUAAUCCAAGUGCACAAGCCUCUGUUGAAUUAUCCUCUCCUGAUGUGACCAAUUAUAUCACAGAAAUAAGAGAUAAUCAGAUAAAUCAGAAGCAUAUGCUCCUCACACCUUUACAAUAAAAGGAACAUGUGUAGAAGUCCACAAUAUAGUGUGAGUACAGUGAAGGAGUGGGGUCAGAUUGGGACCUAAUUAACAUGUUGAACUGCUCAAAAUACUCAAAAGUGCUAUAACUGCCAUUACCAUGAAGUCGAUUAGGAAAAAAAAGCACAAUUGGGGGCAUUGAAGAACCGUUAAUCCUAAGGUUCUCUGUAACAGGCUAUUGUCCAAUCUAUGGUUUCAUGUAAAAUUAGCAGUUCCUUAUGGCAUCUAUUCUCAAUUUGUAUUUAUUUGCUAAUCCUGAUAUGCAGUUUUGAUUCAUAAUGAGUUCUAGUAGCAUUACUUCUACAAACAUACAUUAUACAUUUGGUUCAGUAACUUCUUGAACAGUUGCCGAUUGAGGUGCAGUUGCAACUGGUGCAGCUUGUGCAGCCUCUUGUAGUUGAGCCUGUGUAUUUGCUACCAGCUUCUUGGCAUCAUCUGAAAAGGUUGUUUCAUCACACAACUUAAACAACAGCAAAACCCAAGUCAGUAAAUUGUACCUUUUGCUUACCAGUCAUCAAUGUCGAGGGGUAGGUGUUCUCUAUAUACAGAUCAUCCUUAAAGGUUUCGAAGCAACCAUUUCCAUGAAGCAAGUGUUUCUACAGUUCUACCUCAACAACGGCCAUAUUGAUAAGAUAGAUAGUCAUUUGAAUCCAUACACACAACUGUCAAAAGCUGGUCUCAAUACUUGAUCUUAAUAUGGCACCAAUGAUGGCAUAUUAUGGGCUUAGAACCAGUCAAAAAAACCCCUCUUGCAGGCAUCAAUAGACAUGUACCAGGAACUGAAAAGGUUGCCAGCAAGAUUAAUGUACAAUGAUCUCCCAGGAUUACUUCUCCUUAUGCCUUAGCUCAUGACCAUAGUCCCAAAGUUGUUGUACCGCCGCACAUCAUCUCCAUGUACGACCUUCAAGUUCGGUCUUCUAGCUCUUGGCAACAUGCUCUUGGAGGGUGCCAAGUUCUAAUCUUUUGAGCUAGCUGGCUAUACUCAUCAUUAUUUCUGAAGGAGUCAAUGUAUUUAGCAGCCAGCUCAUUAGAAGUGCAUCUCCUCCAUACCCACUCUUUCUGGCAUUUGUAUACCCCAUAAUAUGUCUUCACCACAAAGCACUUUGCCUUGCUAUCCAUAGAAGCAUAUAGGCUGUCUUGCAUGGAUUCUUAAGGUCAACCACAUACCCCGUAUUGGAUAUAUGUGUCCAUAGAUACGUGUAGGAUACGGCAUGGAGUAUCCGGAAAAAUAAAUCAGAGAUUUUUUUAUAUGUGAGUGGAGACUGUUUUGAGUCCAGUAGGUCUACUAUAUAGCACUAUCAACACACACUUCCUUGUGUUUCCCAAAUCCUCGACUCAAAUGUGCACCAUGCUCUGGCAAACCAGCUACACCACAAGCACACCACUACCGCUCACUCAAUUUCCUGCUCGCCUACCUGUCCCUCCCUGCGAGGAGAUGCAGUGCUGAUGGCAUGCUCCAGCAAGCAGCAGCUGCGGCGACACAUGCCACUAGCAAGGUGUAUGCUGUCCAUUUGCAGACGCUUCGCGCACACAGCACUGUGACGAGCUUCACCACCCUGCCAGUGAUAAGUCGGCGGCAGGCCGUGUUGAAUUAUUCUCGACUGGAACUGGAAUUGACAGGGGAAAGGAAUUGAAUCAGCGCUUGGAAGGGGAUGCUUGGUACACCUAGCUGUCGGAGUGUUGGCUAAAUGGAAGUAUGGAUUUAUGGAAGAGAUGGGCAGAACAGCACAAAUGCAAGAAUCCAAGAUACAUUCAGGAGAACUAUUCCAAAAUUCGUGACGUAGAAAAGGAGUUAGAGAGUCUUACUUUAGAAAUGAAACUGACAGCUGGGCCAAAGAAAGCAGCACUUGAGCACCUGAGGAAGAAGAUUGAAAUAUCAACAGAGAAAAUACGUUUAGCUAAGGUGAAAGAGGAACAGGCAAAAAAGGCCUGGGAAGUUGCUGCACAAGUUGUUAAAGACGAAGAGGAUGCUAAGCAGAAGCUAUGUGAUGACUUGAACCAUCUAGUCCAGGAGAGUGCUGCUUCCCAAUAUGCAAGAUUAGAGGAGCUGAAGAAACGUUUAGAAUCUCUAAAUCCCAGCAGGGAUUCUGUCAGUGCUUCAGGUGUUUAUACUGCACAGCACGCUACUCUGAAUUCAGUACCUCAGCAGCCAACUGCACAAAAUCCUGCAGAUGUAUCUGGCCAUCAGAAUAUUGCCACAGAGCCUGCUUCUAUGCAACAGCGGCCUAUACCUGCAGAGGCAGGAAAAAAGAGGAGACCAUCGAACUUGGGAAGAGGUAGGGGUGGUGUGAUGAUCCUUCCGAAGGGAAGAGGGAGUUCUGGGUCAGGAUGGACAGGUGCUGGGUUUGAUGUAGAUAGCGGUACAUGACGCCCAGUAUUUCAAGUUAUACCUACACAUGAAAUCAUUGUCUCCUAAAUUCACAAGAAUUAUAUUGGUCUCCUAAAAAAAGAAUUAGAUUUAACCAUUCCAGAAUUCCAGUGUGAGGAAUGAGGUGUACGUUUGAUCAUUUGUUUAUCAACUGUAUAUGAAUCAUGCACUAAAUUAAUCAAAGUUUUGACAUAUAUUUUCAAA